AUGGCAACCUACGCCAUCCAACAGUCUGCGAUCGCGGGACAGACGGUUUUGAAACAGCAAAAUGAGCUCGUGAGGAGGGUUGGUGGUUUUGGUGGUGGCCGCGCCACCAUGAGACGCACCGUCAAAAGUGUUCCACAAAGCAUCUGGUACGGACCAGACCGCCCAAAAUACUUGGGCCCAUUCUCUGAGCAAACUCCGUCAUACUUGACCGGUGAAUUCCCCGGUGACUAUGGGUGA